AUGUCCAAACGACAGAGAGAAAAAGUCUUCAAAGAGUUGGAAAAACUUGACAUCCAGAGAAUAAAACGUGAAUCUGAACCUGAUGUACGUGCUACAGAAUUGAGUACGUCGUCACCAAGUCGCACAUCGCCUGUAAUGAAAUCUCAGGGACACUCUCAACCAAUGAGAAGCCCACUGAGUAUGUCUUCUGUUUACACCUUCCCAAGUCAGCCAAUGCAAUCCUCGCCAACAACCGUACCAGUAUCGUUGCAUCAAACGCCGACCAGUACCUUGGCGCACCAUCCGCCGUCAGUUGCAUCAGGCCCGCUUAAUAUUGAUCCAAGACAAGCUGAGCUUGAUCAGUUAACAACUGCAGUUACAAUUAGUCAUCAUCAGACUUGUAUAUACAGUCCCGCUCAGUUGUCGGCGAUGCGGGCAUCAGCAGAAGAUUCUCUCAAAGUGAAGUCAGAACCUUCCUGGACAAAAGACGAGGUGUGGUUAAAGAUGGCCGAGUACUUGACCUCUCACAUGACUAGGAUUAUACACUUUGCAAAAAUGAUUCCGGGAUUUCUGAAUUUCUGCCAAGAGGACCAAAUCGUUCUCAUCAAAUCAGGGGGUUUAGAGGUAAUACUUAUUCGACUUGGCAGGCUGUUUGACGUCACUACUGGCACAUUUCCUAUGUGGGACGGUAAUUUUACAUUAGAACAUUUGAAAAACUUAGCGGGUGUGAUCAGUCACGAUUGUUUCUUUGAAUCAAUGUUUGACUUGGCCCGAAAUAUCAGCUCUCUCAGUCUCAGCGAAGAAGAGAUUGCUCUAUUCAGUGCUGUGGUUCUCAUCACUGGAGAUCGUCAGGGAUUAAGAGAUAGAAGAUCUAUUGAGCAGCUGCAAGAGAAAAUUCUGGAGUGUUUUACCAAAAUACUACAUCGAAAUCAUCCAAAAGAACCAGGUCUUUUAGCCAAGGUAUUGAUGUUUAUGCCAACCCUACGUACUAUUAGUACCAGCUACGCAGAACUGAUGAACCGAGCGCUUCAAGAAAACCCACAUCUGCAGUUUCCAGCGUUACAUGUGGAAUUGUUCAGUGACAUACCUGAGCAGGACGCUUCGUAA